AUGAGUUUUGCUUUGUCCUUAAUUAUCUGUUAUACUAUCUGUUGCUAUAUUUGGCAAGGAGCUACAGCAUAUUAUGAGUAUCGGUAUGUUGCUCAAGAUACGACUCCCCCUGUAGUUUUUGAUAAGCCCAAGGCAUCUUCUACCAAACCUGAUAAACCGAAAGAGUUGGCUGUCCCUUCAACUAGCACCUUGUACUCUCUUGACAAUAAGGCCACCUCAAAAAAAUCUGCUGGUGAAAGCUCAGAAUCCAAAAUCGGUCAAAACUCUGAAUUUAUGAGCUCAAUUUACCGUGCUUCUAAAAAAUACAUAGAAAAGAAUUCCCACGCUCUCAAGCACUAUUCUUUAUCUAAUCCAAAGACUACAAGUGAAUAUGCAUCAGCUAUCUCCCGUGCAUCCGACAAAUAUGCAAAAGCUAUCACGUUUGCUUGCACUAAGUAUAUUGAGUCCUCCCAGACGGAAUCUUUAAGAUCAGCUUGCAAGGCUUCUGGAUAUAGCAAUGUAGUUGGCACUUUUACAGUCAAUAAAUCAAUGUCUGGAAUAUCCAUAGAAUCCAGUUCUAGUUACCUUGAAAAUUCUAUCAAUGCUACCGAAGAUGUUACUGAAGGAUAUAUUUCUGUUGUCACAGAAAAAGCUAAGACUGCCACUCCAGCAAAAGCUGCUGUCCCAGAAAAAGCCAAGACUGUCAUCCCAGCUGUUACCGCAUCCAAAGCUAUUAUAGCUCCAAAAGCUACGGGCGUUAUCGCAGCCAAAGUUACGCCUGUUUCUGCAGUCAAAUUUAAGCCUAAUACAGUAGCCAAAGUUGCGCCUGUCACUACAUCCGAAGCUAAACAUGUUGUUAGGGGAAAGGUCGAGACUUUCAUCCCAGCGAAAACUAAGAAUUCCGCCCCAGCAAUCAAUAAUGCCGUCGUUAUAAAAGUGAUCGCCACCCCUGCUCACAAAAACACUUCUGCUGUUGAUCCCGUAGUUUCUGUAAAUAUUAUUCCUAUGAAAGCAUCCGUUGGCGUUUCUUCUAAAAAUAAUGUUUCUGCUACUACAUCCACCGAUGCUAUCGAAGGAAAAGAUGUGGUUGUGAAUUCCAAAAAACCUUCCGUUAAUCCCCCAGAAAGCCAUGCGUCUGUUACUCGUACAAAGCUCAGCACUGUUCCCCUCGGUAACUCAAAAGACAAAACUGUCCUUCAUGGUAGCGUUAUAUCUGCCCCUUCCAUUAAACCAGUCACUGUACUUCCUAUAAUUUCUGUGGACGUUCCUGCUCCUGUCAACAAACAAAAAGUUGUUUUUGUUGAAUCUGCUAGCACCAAGAUUGAAUCUUCGAAACAAUUUAUUAUUAACGUUCCAAAGAAAGAAACAAUUAAUAUCGGUACAAAGUCUGUCGCCGUCGCUUCAACAAAAACUAAGCAUGCCACUUCUAAUAAGCCGACUAAUAUUGUUGCUAAUAAGCCCAAGCAUGUUAUGUUUGCCAAGUCCAUCUACGAAAAUUUGCCAGUCCACACGGCUACUACUCAACAGAAUGAUGCAGAUAAGAAAUUGAGUCCAGUUUUACAUGAAAUUGCAAAAAAACCAUGUUUAUCUUCCAAAACUACUGUCUCUGGAGUUGCUAAAGAAGAUAAUUUGAGUUUCCCUAGUACGCCUGUCAUUGAUACUCCAAAAUACAACCUCAAAUUUGAUUCAAUUCAAAUUCUUAAUGAUUACGUCAAGCAAUAUGACACCAAAAAUAUUUCUAUUUCCUCAAGUAUCAAAAAGAUUGGCGUGUGCACGUAUAUUUCAUCUCUUUAUAAUGUCUGUACCAAAAAAUUUCGUUUUUGUUCUGAGGGCGUAGUAUCUUCUACCAAUAAUAGUAAGUCAAAAUCCCUUGAAGCAAGCCCCCAAAAUUUGUCUGUCAGUAUUGUAAAUUUACCUACGCAACCUACUACAAACGCCAUUACAACUACAAGCAAAGCUGAUGUUCCAGCUAAGCUUACCACUGGCGCUAAAGUUGCAUUUCACUCUGACUAUCCCAAGAUUCCAGGCUCGAAAAAGUCAACAAAACCUUUAGUUACCUUAAAUUCACUAGCAACCAGAGAUCCAUAUAUGUCUAUUGUUCAUGUAUCUGAUACUACCACUAAACCAAUUGAAGUUGUUACAUCAGAGUCUGAUGUCGCCUCAAUCAAAUCACCUGCUUCUGAGGUUCCUGCCGCUGGUACUAGCACUAUUAAACUUAACCAAAAAAUUAAAACAAGUUCCACAUCACAAGUAACCACACGGCCUCCAGUCAUAGUAACCCCUGUACUUGGGUUGUCCCUCGAGAAAAAUAUUGGCUCUAGAAAAAAUGAGGUAUCAGCUGCAACUGCACGUCGUUAUAAUAAUCGCAGAUUGGUGGAACGCAGAAGAAAUAAAGCUCCUACGGCUGCACCAGUACAACAAAGUCAUACUAAGUCUAAUAAGCCCGUCACUGUUGCGAAUGUACCUACCCAUGCUUUGAAUAAAAAUUGUGUUCCUGAUAAAGUGGUUAGUAUAAAUACUCCAGUCAAGUCGAGUCAAUCUCAAGUUUCAGACUCAAAGUCCAGGGGUGAUAGAAAAACUUGGGUUGAAACCAAUCAAUCUCUCAUGAUCUACAAUGCUACAGUUGCUACAACCCUUGCUUUGGACAAACAAUAUAUUGACAGCUUACCGAAAUAUGUUAUCUCUACUCUUCACAAGGAUGAACAGACUGUUUCUGCCGACAAGCAAAUUUCUGAUGGAUUACCCAUCUCCAUCCAUGAGCUUAUUCCCAAGAUUAAAUCAAUAACUACCCAUGAUAAAAAUGAAACAUUUUUGUUGGAUCAAGAUAAAAUGAUAACGAUAGCUACACCUGUAUUAUCUACAGAGAGAAGCAAAUCUCCCCUUUUGGUACCCGGAGAGGAAGAAGCAUCGUGGGUUCAUGUUACACGCCGUCCAAUAAAGCAAAGACCUCGUCCAUCUUGCGCAAUGACUCGCCGCUGUUCUGAAUGGCCAAACUGUCUAGACAAAGCUUGCCAAUACUCUCAUCCAAAAAAGUUAUGCAGAAAGGGCUCUAAUUGCAAGUAUGGCAAGAACUGUUCUUUCCUUCAUCCCGAAGACGCUGGUUAUCAAAGUACAACCAAUGAAUACCAGUUAAAAUCUCAACCUCUGAGAACGAUUAAAGUCUCAAGUUAUAUUUGUAAUGACCCAAGACGAGACUUACAAAUCUUUGUUCUGACUGUAUCCAUCAUUAAAGACAGCUCGGGGUAUUUUGCAGUUCGUACAAAUGCCUUUGAAAUACAAGAUAUCAUUGAUUUAUUAAGUCGGGUCGUAGACAGUUUUUCCACCGAAUUAUUUGUAUUAACUACAUUGAAACCCCUUGCGAUGUGA